CCCACCCAUUAAAUCAAAACUCAUAAGAUUAUUAGUGGGCCUAUGUGUGCUAAUAUAUAUGUCUUGGGCUUUAGCAUUGCUGUGGGUUGUGACCGUAAUAUUGGUUAGCCAGCCCGUUUUGACCCAAUACGAUCUAAAGUACUAUUUGCCCCAACUCCCAAGUGGCAGUCAACUUGAGUCAAAGAGAUAACAUAGCAGUCAAUUUCGGACCACUUGAAGAAAUAUACUACAGAAAAAGCUGAUGGUCAAGUUGAUGGAGUUUUUAAGGUCGUGAUUCUGCCACGUAUUUACUAUAUUCUACGCUCAGGAUAUGUCCACGUAGGAUUAGUCAUAAUACUAGGUCAAUUAAGACUCCUGGACAACCAAAAAAAGGAAAAAAUAAGGUUACUAAAUUGGAGAUCUCCCUGAACCUUAAAAACUCCAAAGUAGAAAAGGAUAAAGAAAGGGAACAAUGCAUCUACCAUGGCAGUAAGAGUAACAUCAUAUAUAGUUUUCUAAUCUCUGUUUUUUUUUGGGGGGUGCACAAUGCAAAUAUGAUAUAACAUCUGAAGUUGAAAAUCAGUGGAGAUGGAGACCCAUCAAUGAUCAAUUGAAAGGUCUUUCCUAAGACCCAAAAUGGCUUUUUUACUAAUAAACUGAACUGGUUAAGCACAUGGCUGCUGGACCCAUUCACAGAAUCUCUGACUCUCCCCUUUUUCUUUUUUACAUUUUGACUUAUUCCCCCCACCUCUUUUCUGCUUUCUCCAUCUUCCCUUCUUUUGAUUGUGUAUCUGCAUUACACCUACAGCGUCAUACACAUAACAUAGAAAUACUUAUCAUGUUUGUUCAUUUAUAGCGAAACCCCACAACAAAUAAUCCAAUAGUUUUUUUUAACCCAAAACCACGCUAUACAAAUUUAUCCUUUACACAUGCAAUAUGAGCCUAAACUUGAGAAGUCAACAGGCUUAGAAGUUUCCGACCCGAAGACAAGAUAAAUUGAGCCAAACUCAAUGAGUGAUCACAAACGUAUUACUCCCAGUGAUAAUCAAACUCGGGACGGGGUCCAUACAAUUUGAUCACAGAGAUAUUCACCAACUAGACUAUCACCCAAAUGGUCAAAUCACCCAAUAAUCACAUUAAUUAAAACCUUAUCACUAAAGUUUUGGUAAGAUGUGAUACAAUGAGUAGGUACUAAAACAGUAAUUAAUCUCACAUGUCCAGAAGGUGGUAAUAAUAAUGAGACAGGGCACAUUCAACCUGGCCUAGGUGGGGUAAUGGGGCAAAAUUCACAAGGUUUCAGGUGAAAUGGCAGGAACAUUUUGGUCUAUAUUGUGUCCUCAUGUGCUGUAUGCCAUCCAGUAUCCCCUGACAGCCUGGUGUUUUACAAACUUACAAUGACUAGAGACUAGAGUACUAGUAGUAUUUAUACCAAAAUGAGAGGAGAGCUAAUGAACCCAUGAAUCACAACCCCAACCCCACUGUAUACCCAAAACACACACACUCUCUCUAGUCUAUAUAAACAAUCCAGAACUCCUACUUCUCCCCUCUUCAAAUAUUUACUACUAGUAGUUGCAGUCAUAUUAGUGCUAAGAGGUAUUCAUGGAAGGAGAAGAAAACAGCCACCACAACAGCAGUAACACAAGCUUCAGUCAGAAGUGCAGUCAUGUGGUGAAGAAGCAGAGGGCCAAAUUUUACAUUCUCCGCCGCUGCAUAGCAAUGCUUGUUUGUUGGCAUGAGCGCGACCGCGGCGAAUCUUGAUUGACUGAUUUUUUUUUUGGUCAGUUUUGAAAAUUUAGAGCUACAUAUAUAUAUGUGUAUUUAUCGGAGUAGGUGUGAUUUUGAAUAGGAAUUCAUGCUACGAAUCAAUUUGUAUCUAUUUUUGUUCCCAAUAAUUGCUUUAUAAAUAAUGUGUUCAUCAUCAAUCUGGGCAUGUUAUAAUUUGGAAAAAUUGAGAGCGAUGAGAAGGAAUUGAGAAGUAGAAGAAGGAGGUGAGCCGCGAGAGAGAUUUGUGCUCAAUCAACUUGAGGUAUUGUGCACGCUUUGGGUCAAGACCCGCGUGACUCCAUCAUUCAAAAGGUGUCUCAAGUGUUUAUAAACGACAUCGUUGACUUACAAAAGUGUUUAUAAACGAUAUUGUUGACUUACGCCAAACCGUUAUUAGACUUUUUACGAGUCCAACAUUAGCUAGGUUCUCAAAUGUCAAGGGUCUCAAGUUUUCAUUUGAGUGAAGAAUUUUGUGUUCUCCAUAUCUUCUCAGAACAUGGUUUCACAAUUUAACUUCUUAGUCUCAUUUAUGAUGUACACAUAUUGGAUUAAUAUAUUGGAUUUUGAAGGAA